AAUGAUUUCAUUCUUUUCAAAUCCAAAGUGUCACUUGCAUUUGCUGCUGGUGGUUGCAACAUGAGCUCUGAGAUAACUCUGUACAAUUUUAUUUUCUUCGUUCGUGCGAUCUGUUUGUGAAAAAUAAUGGGGAGGCUACGUCAUCAAGAAAUGCGAAAAGAACUGAAAAAAUUCAAAGUAUACAUCCAGCAAAUCAGUUCACCGGCCGAAUUUUGGUUGCAAAUACCGAGUCCGCAUGGAUUGGCGAAUUUGUGUGCGGCUCAAAAUCAAAAUGUACACCGCAAAACAGUAACCAAGGAUCACAAUCAAUAUUUGGUAAGAGACAAUGAGACGGUGUUUGCAUGGAAGUGUCAUUUAGCAUUCAUCGCACCGACAAACUCGCACACCACCACCGCUUGGUCACUGUCGGCCAAUGAUAAAUUCAUCGAAUACACUAAACGUUUUGAUGAGCUAGCCAUUUCGAUACCGUGUUUGUCUAGCGCUACAUCGAUUUCGACGGCUGUCAUUUUGUGGGGCCUGCGACAGCAUCGUAUGAAUGCACUUGAUGCGACCGAAGAUGAUUGGGAGAAUCUAAAUUUAAUGUUGAUUUUCCAAGGUGUUGCCCGAUCAAUCACCGAUAUUGAAAUCAUACAACAUUUGGCACGUGUUCCACAGGAUUUUGUCGCAUAUCCAAGCGUACAAUUGACAGACGAUAAAAUUGUCCAAUUUGAAAAUCACACGAGAUAUUCGAAUAGAAAAUGGCAACCGGUUGAACCAAGCACGACAAAGGAAUUUGUUGGAAUGCCCGUGUUCAUUGACAAUCAGAUGAUGAUCUUUGUGCAAGAGUCGCAUCAUCAAAAACGCAUUGCCGAAAUGACAUACGAAAUAAAGAAAAAGUACUCGAAACGAGAAAAACGACUAAUCACAAAUUGGAGACGUGGCGAAAUGUGCAUCGCCGAUGGCACUUACUAUCGAGCUGAGAUCCGGACCGUCUUCCCAAGAGAGCAAUCAUGUUUGGUGUAUUUCGUUGACUUUGGCGUCGAGGAUACGAUUGAUUUCAAGGAUUUGUGGCGGUGUACAUUAUUCAAAAAUGUGCCGAUUCAAGUGCGAAAAUGUCAUGUGCAGAAAAUCAAACUUCCGUCAAAGAAGGGAAAAAUAUGUCCAUCGAGAGCUGUGCACAAAUUCACAAUUGACAUGAUUCGCGGCAAAACUUGUUCAUUCUACAUUCAUGACAAUUUGGACUCAACACGAAUUGACUCCAUUCCUUGUACUGUGCGACCGUUGAAUGAACCACUUGACUUGGCAUCAGAGCUGGUUAGUUAUCACAUGGUGGGAAUCACAUCGGAUUUCAAGCGAACAGACAAAUUCGAUGAGGAAAAACGCAAACGCACCGAAUGCGAUGAUAAGGUUCUGAUGCCAAGCACGGAAUUAGAAUCAUUCGAUGAUUUUAAAUGGUUUUAUGAGCGUAAAAAGGCUGUAAUUCCAUUACGGAAGUCAACUGACUCUGCUGAAGAUAACCGGAAGUUCGAAGUGUUUGAUCAUUCACGUCAAAUGGAGGAACCUCGUGAAAAAAACAAAACAGUAACGAUAGUUGAAAAGCAAAUCGAGAGCCAACCACACCCAUUGGUGGAUAAAAUCACCAAACAUUUUCAUCUAUCGACACCAAAAGAGCUGGCCUUUUAUUGUCAACCGCUGUUUGUGAUCGACCCGAUUACGAUUUUAGUGGUUCCAAUCAAUGCAGCCCCCAGAUUUAUUGACAUGGACACAAAACCAACCAACAAUCCACUUCUGCCAGAAAACGCCCCGUGCAUAGCACUCUUGGACAAAAAAUGGCAUCGUGGCAUUGUGUGGGAACAACUCUCAACAGAUGAAUACACCAUUUUAUGUGCUGACACGCUGAAAUUGAUCGAAGUGAAGAGAGAUUUUGUUCAAGUCUGUCCUCCCGAUUUACUCCACACAAAAUUGGAAUGCAUGAAAGUGCGUUUCAGCGAAAUGAUGUCACAUCCACGUUUACGCUCACAAGAUCUGUGCCAUCAACUAUCGAAGGCUCUUUUAGAUAAGAAAUUGUGUCUAUUUGUAAGAAUCGUUCGAGUACACAGCGAUGAAGUGCCUGAAAUCAAAUUAAACCUCAAUGAACAUUCAAAGAAAAGCAUUUGUACCGAAUUGGUUGAUCAGAAAUAUUACAAACAAUUGAAGCGUUGAACCUCAAUCAGAAGCAUUUCUUUUUCGUUCGCAUUUUGAUUCUGGAAAUAUGUGCGGUUGCGACGAAGACAACAAAAAGACAACAAACUCGAAAAAAAAUUUUUAAAUGAUUUUUAUAUCCAGAGUAGAAAUUGAUGUGCGCCUUCAGCCAAACCUAAAGUGAAUAAAAAAAAUUAAUCAGCUAUGACAAUUCAUAUACCAUUUAAUUUCAAAUGAAAUGAAAAAAAAAUAUUGGAAAUUCAUUGGCAUGAAAAAGUGCAUUAAAUGAGUCGACGAAUGUUCGGGUGAUAAUUGAAAUGGUUUGUUUUGACCUGCAAAACGGGCAAUAUUAUGAAAACAAUAAAAAUCGAGUUCAAUAUAUUGCA